AUGUUGGCAAGGUCUUGCCUGCGCUCUACGCGCAUUUUCAACGGCGCCAGAAAUGGCGCGACCGCCUUCACUAAGCGGUCCAUCUCCACAUCUGGUGCCGGAGUCGAAUCCCCUCUGAAACUAAAUGUAACUGCCGCCGCUUCCACAGCUCUCGCUAUCGGAUCCGUGGCAUGGUAUUACCAUCUCUAUGGAUCUACUGCGCAUGCCAUGACGCCCGCCGAGGAAGGUCUGCACCCGACGGCAUACCCAUGGGUUCACCAGCAGUGGUUCAAGACCUUUGACCACCAGGCACUUCGUCGAGGUUUCCAAGUCUACCAAGAAGUUUGCGCGGCAUGCCAUUCGCUUAGCCGAGUUCCUUACCGAACACUUGUUGGAACUGUCCUAACAGUAGAUGAGGCGAAGGAAUUGGCGGAACAGAACGAGUACGACACCGAGCCUAACGAUGAGGGUGAAAUCGAGAAGCGACCCGGAAAGCUUUCGGAUUACAUCCCAGCUCCGUACAAGAACGACGAGGCUGCUCGAGCUGCCAACAAUGGCGCCCUUCCUCCUGAUCUAAGUUUAAUUGUCAAGGGCCGACAUGGUGGCUGUGACUACAUUUUCAGCUUACUGACCGGAUACCCUGACGAGCCGCCGGCGGGCGCUCAGGUCGGCGCCGGUCUCAACUUCAACCCUUACUUCCCGGGCACCGGUAUUGCUAUGGCCCGUGUCCUAUACGAUGGUCUUGUGGAGUAUGAGGAUGAGACCCCUGCGUCUACCUCGCAGAUGGCCAAGGAUGUGACAGAGUUUUUGAACUGGGCGGCGGAACCUGAGAUGGAUGACCGAAAACGAAUGGGCAUGAAGGUGUUGACUGUUACCGCAGUCCUAUUCGCUCUAAGUGUCUGGGUUAAGCGAUACAAGUGGGCAACGCUCAAGUCGAGGAAGAUCGCCUACGACCCACCAAAGGUAACCGACAAGGUCCGCUCGUAUUUCAUUGGUGCUAUUGAUCAGAUGGCGUACGAUCAUUUAACCAAGACGGACGAUGAGGCUCGUAACCAGCUAGCUCUCGAUUAUACAUAUGGCUUUGACACUUCCAGUAAAUCUCAAGAGUGGUACCUCGGAGACAUAAUAGUGAACAGAUGGGCGCCUGAGGACGAAAUCAAACACUUCACUCGCCACAGCCUGAUGCGUGGCUAUGAAGAGUGGCAUUUGAUGUUCUCUUGUGCCAACACUUUGAAAGAAUCGAAAGAAGCCUCUUCUUUCAAUGACCCCCUCGAGGGACAAGACCUUCUUACCUUUCUCACCGAGGUCCUCUCCCCACGCUCUGGCCCUCUAGAUGAUGACAUCAGCAGACAGAAGUCGAAUCUUCAUCUUCAUACUUCAGAUGUUGCACAAGAACCCCAAUCUCCCCAACCAAGCACGAAACCAGGGAAAAGGAAGAGAGAUGCAUCUCACGAACAGACAUAUCUAGAACAGCCCACCAAGAAGCACGGAAUGAACAAGACAUCGCCAUUCUGGUCCGCAAAUAACCCAGAUUCUUCCCUUCAGAAAUUCCACCAGUCAGCGGAUGACAAGGAGUCUAAAAGUGGGAAGAAGAAAAGUGGAAAGAGCUCAAGGAGAAAGGGAGACAGAAAAGCUAGAGAGUCACUGCCCGGAUUUAUCAGUACACCUCUAGCUGAGAGCCCAGUUCUUCAAGAAGUCCCCAAAGUUCGCCGCAGCCAAGACAAUAUCUCUAUAUCGAUGGAAUCCUAUGAUGCCGAACAGGAGAUAAAUCCUCCGUUACUUCUUAAGGAUCUUAGAAUCUCUUUAAAAGCUACGUUGAGCUUAAGCGAAUCGGAUGAAAAUGAGGAUCCAGAAAUCAACGGCGCAACAUCUCAUGAGAGAUAUAACAGGUCUCCUCAACCAGUAGCAAAAUGUAUAACUCCAAAACGCAAAACUAAGUCCCCUUACUUUGACACAAUGGACACGCUCAGCCCGCUCAAGAUAAAAUAUCCCCGACCUCCUCGAGGAACAGUUCCUUGCGUACCUUUUCCACGCUUAGACGCCUCCAAUUUCGGCUUGAUUCAAGAAGACCUCGCAUCCGAUCCUCUUCGUUUGCUUAUUGCAGUGACCUUUCUGAUACGAGUAAAGGGGAAGUAUUCAAUACCCGUGUUCCACGAUCUCGUAAAAAGGUAUCCAACACCGAGACAUCUAGCAGAAGCAGACACAAACGAUAUAAUAGCAAUGAUUAGACACCUCGGUCUUUCUGCGAUUCGGGCUACUGCAAUCCAGAAAUAUGCGCGAAUAUGGAUAGAGAACCCACCUCGAGCUGACAUUCGAUAUGGGGUGAAGAAUUAUCCACAGCUAGGUGACGGUACCGACGUCCGGACUACAGAAACGUUAAGUCCUGACGAUCCUAGGUCGUCGGCUUGGGAAAUUGGCCAUAUGACACAAGGUCGGUAUGCUAUAGACAGCUGGAGAAUAUUCUGCAGGGAUGUCCUUCUCGGCCGUGCAGAAGACUGGAGAGGCAAGGGGCGUGAAGGAGAAUUCCAACCUGAGUGGAUGCGAGUGUUGCCGGAAGAUAAGGAACUCCGUGCUUGUCUUAGGUGGUUAUGGAUGCAGGAGGGCUACGCGUGGGAUCCGAAAACAGGAGAGAAGAAUAUCCUCCCGGAAGACUUGCGAAGGGCGGUUAAUGAGGGUCGAGUUGCAUAUGAUGACGCUGGCGAGCUGCAAAUAUUGGACAAGGAGGCACUUAUAUGUAAUGGUGCCCUUUAA